UUAAUAUAUUUUUAUACAAAUAUUCUUAUACAAGCAAUAUACAGGGCCUAUAGCUUACUGUUUUCUAUAUAUUUAUAGUUCAGAUCUUAUAUCUCUUUUGCUUAGUUAACAAUAAAAGUUUAAUUAUUAUCUUUAAUAUUUAUCAGUGAAUGAUGAUUUGCAGUUUCUAAGUUUAUAUUCAAUGAUGGAUUUUGAAUAUGACAGUUCUCAAACUAUUCUGAAAAACACAGAAAAACUUUUGUUGGAUAAUAUUUUUUUGGAUUUUACUGUCAAGGUUGAUGACGUUUCUCUGCAAUGUCACCGUAUUUUUCUGGCAGCGUCGUCACAUUUCUUCAGAGCACUUUUAAUGAGUGACAUGAAGGAGGCUAAAGAGGGUUGUGUAACGAUCAAUGGGAUUUCUCUUAAAACAUUUCAACACAUUUUGAAGUCAAUGUAUACUGGAAAAGUUCCUCUCACGACAGAUAAUUUUAUAGACAUAUGGCAGGCAGCAGAUCAACUACAGAUAGACUUUAUUGUUACACACUGUGAGGAUUUCGCUACAAAGGCCAUUUCUGUUGAAAACAUUGAAAGCGUUAUUAAUACAGCUAAAGCUUUUAAAUCCGAAAAAGUGUUGGAUGCUUUAAAAUCUUUUAUGUUAAAUAACUUUCGCAUACUUAUGAACGACAAGCCUAUAAUGGAGCUUGAAGUCAAAGAUUUUAAUGAAUUGAUUGAUUCUCGGGAUCUAAAAGUAGAAAAUGAAGACUGGGUCAUACAAACAGUGCUAAAGUGGGUUGAUUACUGGCCUAAAGAAAAAUGCAUUGUUGAAUAUGAACACGUUUACACUGAAAUAGAACAUAACACUUCAAAAGAAAAUAGUUCUAUUAAACAAUCUGGCAAAAGUCUUACCGCAGCCCAUAAACAAACGUUGAAUAAAAUAAAUCAGAAUGAGAGAACUCAAGCCUUGACAACAUUAUUGAAGUCAGUGAGGACGUGUCUUGUGAGUACACCACUUCUAAAAGAUCUGCUAAAACAUCGAUUGAUAAUCAAUAACACUGAAGCUAGAGAUAUUUUGAUUGAUGCUGUAUUGUAUAAGACAACACAUUAUAACCACGGCCAAUGGCGAACAAGUGCCAUACAUCGAGCCUUUAGUGAAUGGGAGCAUUACGGUGUUGUAUAUGUAAUAAACACAAUUUUUAAUUGCAUAAAUGCAUGCGAAGAAAAGUUUUACAAAUUUGCAAGCUGUAGCGAUAUAUCUCUGGACGUAACUUUAGUUGUGUUCGACUCCUAUCUGUACGCCAGUGGUGUUAAAGACGUCUCUCAAACAAACAGCUGUCUGUAUAUUUUUUGUAGAAAUGUUUGGAACAAAAUCACUGAGAUACCAGGACGUCAGCUAAUUUUAGUGCCAUAUGAACAGAGUAUCUUUAUUCUAAGCAAAUGCUCUACUGAAAUAUAUCAACUAUUCCCUAAAAGCAGUAAACUAAAAGUUGAAGAAUUUACCAAGCUUCCAGAGACAAUUAAAUUACAACAGGCUGUACAUUAUCAGGGGAAGGUACUGAUUUUCAGUUCUGUUACCGUGAGUGGUGAAGAGAAGACAGCAGUUCAUCAGCUGGACAUUCUAACAAACAAAUUAACAGAAUUAGAACAAUUGAAUGGACCAGCAGAGCAGAUAAUAAGUUUCAAUGAUGACAACAAUACUUACGUAUUACAAACAGUUGGAGAUUUGUGGAGCUUAAACUAUUCAGCUGAAAAAGUCACAUUCAUAUCGUUGGGAAGGUUGUGGACUAUUAGGAGAAAUCUGUACGGUGCAAUGACAUAUAGGAAAAAAUUGAUUGUCUUAGGUUCUGACCCAACGAAAGAGCCUGCUGAUCAAAAAAGGCUGCCUUCGUUUAAAGAGUACUUUAACAGCAUAACAUACUUGGGGAUUAAUGUACCAUGUUCAAAUUUUAUACCAGUUACACUACCGAAAGAUGAAAUGGCUUCUUUCAAAAAAAUAAUUACAAAUUAGUGCUCUUGCAUUUUGUAAAGUGAUUGGCAGAAGGGUUGGGGCUGGGUUUUUUUUUAUGGCUGUUGGUAAAUUUAUUCAGUCUUUUUGUUU